AGCGUCGAUGCAGUCGGUUCGUUUCGUUCGUCGAGGAAAGAAACAGAUCAGCACGGUGGUGUUUUCGGAGUACUCUUCGGAUUUCUAGGAACGGGCAGGCUAAAGCUAGUGCAGAAAGGCGUUUCCAGAACGAAAAUGAAUGUGCGUUCGGCUAGACCAAGGGAAAAGUGUUCAGUGGCUACUAGACGGUGUUGAUUCCAGUGCAAACAGUAUAAAAUUUUGUGUUGUACGCGGUGCUGUGAUUACAAUACGUAAUUUUGAUGAUGAUUUCCCUUCUUCGUACACUUGUUGCGUACUGAAUUGUGUGUAGUGCCAGUCGAAAAGCAGUUGGAAAGAUAGGAGCAGUAACAAUUAGUGCCAUAUUGUGUACAAAAGUGUAGUAGCUAAUGCGAAUCUAUCAAAUGGUAGAACUAAUUUCUUGCAAAAAAGAAAUCCUCCAACAUUGAUCCAAGAUUGAACUUUGAAAGCGACGUAAAACUGUUUCUUGGAAAUUGACAGCAGUCACACGAGGGCUCACGCACACACUAUUCGGCUUUAGGUCCGUCGGGCGUGUUUUGGAUGUGUUGGAUAUAAGCGAAGACGCAAUGCGAAGCGUGAAGCAAAAUAGAAUAUAAAAAGGUGUAGCACUACUACAGAAUACAGCCACCAUGUAUCGUGCAGGAAUUGUAUUCUUAAUCUGUUGGAUGUGUUGUGUGAGUCAAAUUUCGGCUGAAAAAAAAUUUUCUGGAUGGAUUUUCCCCGAACACCCUGUCUACAAAGAGGUGAAUGACUCGUUCUCGUUGCUAUGUAUGCUCGAUAUGCGAGUAACACGAGAGUUUAACAGCAGCGAUCUCAUGUUCUACCAAAAUGAUGUACCUGUUCCACGAGAACAAGUGAAGAUACUAAAUGUUUCUACCAUCGAGUUUGCGGUCGAACGGGCAGAAUCGAACGAAAACUAUCAAUACACAUGCAAAGUGGAUGGAACGAAUGGUAUCGGUAUCCGCACCGUCCAAAUUGGUCACAAGCCGCGCGAAGUGAAAGACUUCAAGUGUCGUGCGCCGCUCUGGGACAAAUAUAUGGUGUGCACCUUCACGCCGGAUAUAAACACGAUAGCCACGACUUACGAUCUGAAGCAUAACUUUGUAUCGCCCAUCCAACAAAACUACAAUUGCUCGCUCGUUGCCGAUAACCAGACGAAUCAAACAAAGUGCAUCAUUGAUAUUUCCAAUGGUUACAGGAGGAUUGAAAAAAAAUAUAAUUUUAUAUUGACUGCAAAGAAUCCGCUGGCCACGUUGACUCAAUAUAUCGUCGUCAAUCACUACGAUGUGAUCAUUCCAAAUAUCCCCCUCGAAGUGGAAAUUAAAAAUAUCACGUCCAACAGCGCGAUACUCCAGUGGAAAAAGUGGUACAAGUAUAAGCAUUUCGGCUUCCAAACCUUUAUAUGCGAAAUCAAGCUACUGUCUAUCUUCGACAACAAUGUAUGGCACACGGUAAGCACCGAUGAGCUAAUGCUUAACGACGUGCAAUAUACACUACCCCUGCGGAACCUUCCGUAUGCGGCGACAUCCUACGAUGUACGUAUUAGGAUGCGCAUGAAUUCGACUGAGGAAGGUGAAGAUUUGUGGUCGAAUUUUACUAGCUGCUUGUUCGAUACGUUACCCCGUAAGCCGGAUACGCCUCCGGAUGUGGCCAUUGGUGGCUUCGAGGACUCUAACGAAAAGGAUAUGUACGUGUACUGGAGGGAAUUAGACGACUGGCAGCAUAAUGCACGCAGCGGAUUCUACUACAAUGUCACAGUGAUUGGACCGAAAGGAAGAAUUAUUAAAAACCUAAUCACGGCCGUAGGUAUGAUCCGAUACAAUAUUACUGAUAUGGAUUACACGUUCAGCAUACGCAGUGCCAAUGCAGAAGGCAUUUCCGAACGUAGCAGUGAAGUGUUUGUUCCGAGCCGUCAGUAUCGUCUCGGCAAACCUUCGAUCGACAAAUUGCUCUCUGAUUCGGGCAAGUUCACGUUGUUUUGGAAGCCUCUUGCUGAUGUUCGUUAUAAGAUCACAAGUUACACGGUGUUCUGGUGCAAUACAACAAGCAACUCUCCGAACGAUUGCAAUGGAUCGAUCAAUUUUACAAGUGUCACACCAGAUCAGACUACUUUCGUACUAAGCGAUGCCGGAUCAACGCUUAAUUUUGCUGUAUCAGCUAAUGCCGGAAAUCUUUCAUCGGGGAUGGUAUGGGCGGCUUGCACAGCCACGCACAAAUCCGACAUCGGUAAGCUGAAAACUAUCUGGAUCACCGAGAUGCUGUCAUCGCACAUAAACCUGAAGUGGAAAACGGAGUGCCGUGAUGUGGCACACACUGGCUAUAUCAUCUACUAUUGUCCGAUCUCGAGUCCUCGUACACUUGGCUGUAAGGAACCAGAACUGACAGUAAACGUAACGGAUAAGAAUCAUUAUCAGUGUCGGUUGGAAAAUCUGAAACCUUACAUAACUUACAAAAUUGAAAUUGCCAUGUACUCCGAGACACAAAUUGGACCUCGCAGCGUACCGUUAGUCAACACAACAAGGGAAGCAGCUCCUUCCCCGCCACGAAAUUUGGAAGUUCGUAAAAUAACGAACAAAAGCAUCACCCUGCACUGGGAACCACCGGAACAUAUAAAUGGAGGAAAAAUGAGCUACGAAAUUAACUACAAUGAACAUCCGUUAAAGUACAACGUCGAGGAACCGGAAACAGAAGUGAUGCAAACGCUCGAAAAUCUGGAUGCAUUUACAGAGUACAACAUUACUGUACGUGCCCUGACAAUCGGAUUUUCAAACAACAGCAAACCUGUGCGCGUUCGCACACUGGUUGGGAAACCGCAAGCGAUCGGACAGCCAAGCACUAAUAGUAGUUCCAACGGUUCCAAGUUGAUUAUUGGUUGGAAACCUCCCAUGAAGCCUUCUGGUUGUUUGGAAUUUUAUGAAUUGAGGGUGAAAGCAAAGCAGACAUUUACCUACCAGCAACGCAAAACAGAGUGUCAACUUCGUGAAGCAAUAUGCCAGAAUCGCGAUAGUUCGAAGUAUGAAUUUCUGGUGCGUGCAGUAAACGUAGAUAUUGCCGGACCGAAUGCAACAGCCUUUGAGAAGCUUUCGUGCAGCGAUCGUUGGACAGAAUUGAACAAAAUGUGGUCUGAUCUGAAGCGGUUUGUAGCAUAUGCUGAAUGUGGAAAUUAUGAUACGAUAGCAGAUGGUCCUACUGAAUUUACUUGGCUUGAUUCACCUCCACCUAACAUAGUGUUACAUUAUGGUCCCUGGUCCGAACCGUUGGCGCACUGGUGCUCGAUGGAGAUCAAGAACGCCGUACAACCAUUCAUGUUAAUAGGAAUUAUCAUGAUGUGUUCAGUCAUCGUACUUGGUUAUUCGUACAUCAGAGUAAAGCAUGUACUGCAAGUGAAGGUAAUCAUUCCAGACGGUCUGAAUGACAUAACUGGAAACGGCAAACCAGGAUUUAAUUCUGUGCUUGGACCAACUGCUAUCAUUUUCACUGAACACCAUCGUGUCGAUCACAUCAUAACGGGCAGCUCCACUAAGGAGGCAAGUUACAGCAAGGAACAAAACCAAUGCCUCUUACCCUCAUCUUCGUCGUCGGGAGGUAGCAUUGCGGACCUAAGCGGGCAUGAUCAUCGGUCGUCUGCCGACUACUGCAGCAACAGUGGAUGCUGCGAGGACGAUAGCACGAGCUUUUACGAUCAGGAAGCAGAACGCCAAGAUCUCCAUGGGUAUAGCGAUGAAACAACGGAAUCGAUCGGAAAUAGUCACGAACAGGAUAGGCACCUGGGCAGCACCAGCAGAUCGAAUGAGAUAGACUCAUCAUUCGGAAGCAUGAACAAAGCAAAAACAAGUUCACCAAUGCUCAUGAUGCAGGGCAAUAAUGGCAAUCAGAACAGAUCAUCGGCCAUGCCGCUUACCGUCACAUCUGGAUAUGUACCAGCACCGAUAGUCAACAGCAUUAAACAACCUAUCAAUUCAAACGGUUAUUUGCAAAUAGGAGCACUGACUAACGGAAGUUUGAUGGCGAUGGACACGGUGGCACAAAAAUCUGUGAAUGCUAAAAUGGCAGCAGCUCCAAUAUCAGGCUAUGUAACGCAUAAGCAGCUAUCCGACUAUGGACAACAUUUGAAAUAACUCGAUGAUCGCGGAGAUUGACUGAUCUGAAAAUCUUUAAGCUAAUGGUAGUUAUAAUGCCGCAGUAGAGAACAUUAAAAGCAAGAUCAAUUUAUUUGAAAAAAAAUUGAGGAGGAGCAAGAUAUACAUUGUAAACCCAACAACAUUACCCUGUAUACAUGUAAUACAAAAACAAAGUCUUACUUUACACACAUAUGCAGACACACACCCAGAGAAUUAAAAAUGAGACAUAGUAUUUACAGCCAUUGAAAUAUCCAGCAGUGUGCUGUGGUAAAAACGUUAAUACACGUUUGUAAUCGGUAGUGUCCCUCAAUUUGCUAUAUCUCCGCAGUUGACAUAUUAUUAAUUCUUGAUUCAAGAAUUGAUCUCAGUGAAAAAGUAAGAAUCGAUCAGCGAAUAAGUGUUUGAAUCAAACUGCAAACUGUUCCGCUUUUUGCUCAAAUUGGACCGAUGUACCCCGAUCUGUAAAUUAACAAAGGAAUCUUAUCCGUACCUGUAUAUGUGGGUGUGUUGUAUUGGACUGGACAGCAUAACACCGAUAGCCGAGCUUAGUUUAGAACGCAACUAAACAUCAAUCUGCACACUUUGGCGGUGUUGGUCAUCAAUUUUAUCGUAGUCAGCUAAUAGACGUUUUUGUGUAUGUGUACAUGUUAAAUGAGAUACGGUGUUAAUCGCAUUCACGAUUCAUGGCCCGAUCCUUCGCAUUUUACCACAUCUUUCAUCGACCAUCCUUACUGUUCUGGUUAACAGAUUUUUUAGUUUUUUUCAACCCUUUAAUGUAAACAAUUAUAACAGUGUAAGAAAAAUAAAAUGCCAACGAAGGACACAAAAUACUUA